UUUAAAAAAGAGGGGACAUGUGAAGGAGAGAGAGAGACGGGAAUGAGAUCUUUCUUUUUUCAUUUCUUGUUUACAGUUCCAGAACAGUGAAAGAGGUUUCUAAAACAAAACCAGUGUUCAUGAAAUUGUCUGAAUGAUAAAAUAAAAAUAAAAAAAGUCAUUUUCAAUUUUGGAAAAAAAUCAAAACUUUAUGUUUGAUUAUUUCUUUCUAUCUAUAAAACCCUCUUUUCCAGUUUCGUCGAAAUUCACUCUCUGUGAAAGUUUAUGUGAAAAAGCAACCGAGUUCCCUUAUUUUCACAGAGUGAUAUUUUAAUUGAAAGAUCGGAGGGGGUCGUAGUCUGUGUGGGAUAGAGAUAGUUUUGGGUUUCAAUAAAGGGACAGGGAGCGUCGAGGAAAUAAUAUUAAGAAUAGACAGAAGACGAGAGAGCGUCAGAGAGAGAGAGAGAGAGAGAGAGACAAAACACUAAUGGAAGAGACAACGGAGAGGAAGAAGAAGGUUAACAACGAUGAUUCCAAAAAGAAGGAGCGUCAUAUUGUUACUUGGUCUCAAGAGGAGGAUGAUAUUCUUCGAAAGCAAAUCACUUUACAUGGAACUGACAAUUGGGCGAUCAUUGCUUCCAACUUCAGUGAUAAGAGCACAAGGCAGUGUAGACGCAGAUGGUAUACAUACUUAAACUCUGAUUUCAAGAGAGGAGGUUGGUCCCCUGAAGAAGAUACUCUUUUGUGUGAGGCACAAAGAGUGUUUGGGAACAGAUGGACUGAGAUUGCAAAAGUGGUCUCAGGCAGAACGGAUAAUGCAGUGAAGAACAGGUUCACAACACUGUGCAAGAAGAGAGCCAAGUAUGAAGCCAUGGCGGCUAAAGACAAUAAUAAUAAUAGGAUUGCUUCUUGUGUCAACUCUAACAACAAAAGGAUGUUGCUCCCAGAUUGUGGUAUCAGUACACCACAGAAAGCCGAAACCCAUUCCCCUCUUUCUAAAAAGAUUAGGAGAAGUGACGUUCCUGAUGUAACAGUGUUUGCUGGCUAUGGGGAUAGAUCACACAUAAAGGUUAAUCCGGGUGUGAACCAGCAUCUCUAUGGGGACAGAUCACAUAUAAAGGUUGUGAAUCAGCAGAUAAGACCUCCUUUUUCGGUACUACCCCACAUUGAGGACGAGAAGAAGAAUCAAACAUGCAAUGCCAAAGAGAGUGAAGGUGAAGAUAAAGGGAAGGAUGAUCCAAAGGUGACAUGUUUGAUGCAACAAGCUGAGCUUCUCAGUUCAUUGGCCCAGAAAGUUAAUGCAGAUAACACAGAACAAAGCAUGGAGAAUGCCUGGAAGGUGCUGCAGGAUUUCUUUAAUAAAAGCAAAGAGAAUGAUGUAUUCAGAUACGGACUACCUGAUAUCGAUUACCAACUUGAGGAAUUUAAGGAUCUUGUUGAAGACUUGAGGAUUAGCAACGAAGAUAGUCAAGCCUCUUGGAGGCAACCUGAACUCCAUGAUUCACCUGCAAGCUCUGACUAUAGCUCAGGAUCAACUGCAAUGCCACAUUCUUCUGGUGAUCAAACCCAACAACCCAUGUCUGGUUCUCAGACAGAAACGCAGGAGCUAAAUCCUGGGGAGUUACUACCACCAGCCUCUGAUGCAACUGUGGAACAAGUGGAUUUACUUUCAACUUGUCAAGAUGUCCUAGAGAACCCUAAUGAGAUUAUGCCUAUGUCGGUUGAGGAAGAGUUCAAAUCGCCUGUUCAAGUCACUCCAUUGUUCAGAUCUCUAGCAGCAGGCAUCCCAAGCCCACAAUUCUCUGAAAGUGAGAGGAACUUUGUGCUGAAAACACUUGGUGUUGAGUCCCCAUGUCCAAGUGCUAAUCUUUCACAACCACCUCCUUGCAAAAGAGUCCUUCUUGAUAGCUUGUAAACCAAACCAAACCAAAAAAAAACACCCGCAGUUGUGUCUCCAUGGAGCCGACAUAACUUGCAUUACUUCCCUCUCUUUUUGCUUAGAUUUUCUUCAUUAGGUUUUGCAGCCAUAUCGGCCUGAAAAGUUUUUGUGAAGCGGGCGUGCCAUGAUCUGCAUUUUUUUUUCACCUCAGUGUUGAUAAUCUAGAAUCCAAGAAUGUUAAAAGGUAACAUUUCUAAGUCUAGACCUGAGUUUCUCUCUCAGAUACUCAGGACGCCAGGAGUGUUUCUUUUUCAUCAUCAUACUUAAAACCCAUUUCAUCAAAGGGUUAAUAAGUAUGUGUUUUUCUUCUAAAUUCAUGACUUGUGUGUGUGUGUGUGUAUGUGUAAGAAACAUUCUUUUGUUUGUCCUCCCUCUUCUAGGGUCAAACCCGGAUACAUAAUCCGGGUCUUUGCCUUCCCAAUGAAUUCUUGAUUUGUUGUGUUGUUGAUUUUAUGUACAGAAACUUAUAUUUUACAUAAAAAACAGAGUUUUUGUUUCAGAGUGUAAAAAGAUAAAACUACUUCAGGAGAGGCAUCUCGCCUUUUUAUAUAGAGUGAUGAUUAGAAUUUAUGAAUAAGAAGAAAAGAUAAGCCAAGACUUUCAUAAGAGGUUUUGGAGAAACUUUCUUGAUGUAGUAACUUCUCAUAGGUGUGAGAAGAAGACAGUAACAUAAGAUAUUUUUGUAAAGAAAAUUCAUGUGAUUUGUAAAGAGAUUAUAUGAAUGGGACUGAUUUGAUUUUGGUGUCA